AUGAGUGGAAACCCAAGCCCAACCCAACAGCCCAUCAUCAAACCCACCACCCUAAAUCCAACGGCCCUCAAUCAAUCCCCUACGCUAUAUAUCCCCGUCUUUUAUUCCUCGCUCCCACCCCCAUCUCCUCUCAAAACCCCUAAUGCUCAACCGAGCCCUAAGCCGCCGCGCCUCCGCAUCACUCAUCAUGACCAGCCAGAUUCAAGAAGGAACCGCGAAGAAGCGCCGGCCAGCAGCGCGGGGCACGGCCGCAUCGGCCAGCACCGCAACGCACCCGGCGGUCGCGGUAACGCGGUAGGCAUUGCACACGCAGGCCGGAUCCUCUUCGACAAGUACCAUCCCGGUUACUUCGGCAAGGUGGGGAUGCGGUACUUUCACCGCCUCCGCAACAAGUUCUACUGCCCGACCGUCAACGUCGAGAAGCUCUGGUCCCUCGUCCCCGACGACGUCAAGGAGCAGAUCAAGGCUGGCAAGGCCCCCUUGGUCGACGUGGGGCAGUUUGGGUAUUUCAAGGUCUUGGGGAAGGGGACGCUGCCCGAGGGGAUGCCCGUGGUUGUGAAGGCCAAGCUCGUGUCGAAGACGGCGGAGAAGAAGAUUAAGGAGAAUGGCGGGGGGNGUCGUGCUCUCGGCUUGACGGGCUGGGGAUCCGAUUUAGGUUUGGUUUUUCCUUUUUUUUUUGAAUGAGUUGUUGUUUAGAUUUUGGACCUGAAUGUUUGUUUGGAGUUUAUGCGGUUAAAAUGAACCUAAUAUGGAUCUAUCUAGCUAAGUGUUUUUAUGAUAUAUUUUGUGUUCUGCAUCAUGGUUGGCUGAUUGUUAGGAUUGGAA